CUACUGAGAAGAGGAACUUCUCUCUCACAGACUCUUUCUCUAUCUCUCUGAAAAAAAGAAAAACAAAACCAGUUUUCAUUAAAAGCUCCGAGGCAGUGGUUUUGCUCUGACGGCAGCCUUGUCCGCCGUGUGUUUUUUUUUCGCCUUUUGGAUCUCAUCUUUCAAUGGUGUCAGAUUUUUUUGAAUCUGAAUCGCUCUUCCUUUUCUGCAUUACCAGCGUCUCCAUCAAGCCUGUUCUUUUCUCCCUUCUCUGAUUUCCUUUAUAUAUUGUCCAGUCCACUGCGUUGUUCUUCUCAAAGUAAACUUGCUUUUAAUCCCGGAAAACAGAAAGAAUGGAUCAUAGUAUGUUCUGUCCGAUCAAAUACACUGAGCACAGAAACGUCAUAAAGCAGCUGCUUAAACCUUGCGCCGCCGCGUUAAAACCCAGUAAGUUGCCGGAGGGUCCGAGGACGAUUCGGGUAACGGUGACGGACCCGGACGCAACUGAUUCGUCGAGCGAUGAGGAGGAGGAGGAGUUGUUUGGACGGCAGCGGGUGAAGAGGUAUAUUCACGAGAUACAUAUUGAACGGGCGGCGGCGAAAGCCGGGGUUGACGGUAACGGGAGAAACGGGAAGAAGAAAACGGCGGAGGGGGUUCACGCGAAGCAAAAGGCGGUGAAGAACAAGGAGGUUCCGGUUUCUUCGGGGGCUGCCGGAGGGGUUAGGAAGUUCAGGGGUGUACGGCAACGGCCGUGGGGAAAAUGGGCGGCGGAGAUCAGAGACCCGGCGAGGCGGGUCCGGCUUUGGUUGGGGACUUAUGAUACGGCGGAAGAGGCCGCCAUGGUUUACGACAAUGCGGCGAUUAAGCUCCGAGGGCCGGACGCUUUAACCAACUUCACAACCCCGCCGGCGGCGAAGGAAUCGACGGAGAUUAACGCUAACGCUACCUCCAACUCCGGCUACGACUCCGCUGAUGAAUCCCGGAAUCUUUCUUCUCCGACGUCGGUUCUCCGCUUCCGAACUAGCCAAUCCAGUGAGGAAUCCGAACAGCCAAAUGAAUGUCCGGUUCCUGAUUACAUGGAGACCGAUCAAAUCCGGGAGCCGGAAUCGUGUCACUAUGCCACUCCGCCGGAAAUUCAAGAAUGCCAUGGCGAAACCACCGUAAUACCCGAUUACACCAACGAGUAUUUGCCCACAGACAUCCCAUUCAUCGACAACUUCUUCGACUACCAAUCCUUGGAACAGACAUUAUUCGACGAUACACCGUCGUUCGAAGAUGUCGCCGUUAACCAGUUCGCUAAUGACUUCUUUAGCGACGAUUUCGGGGUGUUUAAUGAUACGACGUUUCAAGACCUCGGCACAUUGGACGUGAACGUCGACGAUUAUUUCCAAGACUGCGGCGACUUUUCCGGCGUCGAUGCCGUUCUAGCAGUAUAAUGAUGUCUCUCCUUCAGUGUUUCUCUACUUUAUGUCCAUCGCCGCCGGCUUGCCAUUUUUACGGCAAAUUUUGUUCACCGGCGGCGACAAGAUAUCGGCUAGCGUGUUUCAUAUUUUCGUGUUGUGAUCGCCGUUAAAAUAGACGGAGGUUAUGUGGUAUUGUAAUAAGUAAACAAAUAGUAGAUGAUCGGUUUUUGUAAUGCCAAACGGUUUCCGUAAUGAAGUUACACCAAAUUCUAUUUCCGUUAUUA